AUGGUUAUCACAAUCUCCAGUCUCACCGAGGCCGACAUUCCCGGGGCUGUUGCAGCUGUGCAAGAUGCCUUCAAAAAUGAUCCCUAUAAUGAAUGGGUCUAUGACCACUCCAAGUUCAAUCAACAACGCAAUGCGACUUCUCUUGGGAUACGCAUGAGAUGGGGUAUGCGAAAUGGCAUCUUCCACGUGGCAAAGGAAGAAGGCAGCGACAAGGUUUUAGGCGUGGCCAUGUGGUUGCGGCCACAGCCAGCCAAUUCUCCACCGACCUGGAACGACUGGUUGGAAGGAUGGAGACUCUAUUUCAACCAAGUAGGGAUGAAUCUAUACUAUGGACGUGGCGGGUUGAACGUCAAGCGGUAUUAUAUCUGGAAAGACGCUCAAGCAAAGGUCCAGUCGGAAAUAUGGGAUGAUCCAAGAGGGUAUUACUUUUUGAAUAUCAUGGUGGUGCUGCCUGAAACGCAGGGAAUGGGAGUUGGAGCGGCUAUGAUGAAGCAGGUGACCGACCAAGCUGAUGCCGAGAAUAUGAAGUGCUAUCUGGAAUCAAGUCGUGAUGAUCCGAAUAUUGCUAUCUAUGGGCGCUGGGGAUUCAAAUUUGUCAAGGACAUGAUUUGCGAUGACGAUGGGGUUGCUAUCAAGCUCUUUACCAUGAUGAGAGAGCCCCAUGCGAAGCCCGGGGAUGGGAGAUGA